UUUUCAACCCUGGGAUGCAGACGCCAUUAUAACCCAAGGACUGCCCUCUUCUUUAUCCGCACCGACCACCACAAAGAAGGAUUUCUCUCAUGGAAAAUGCAUUUAGAUAUCACACACCGCUGGUAAUUUCUUUAAGAAAAAGAAGGAAAAAAAAGUCCAAGCCCGGUUUCUGCCAUGUUCUCACGGGACGGUGAGAGUCUGAAGCAUCUCUGUCGAGGUGCAUAACAACCUGACAUGAUGAACAGCAGCAAGAAUGGCACAGCAGUGGAAAGUUUGGGUGCCAGCGGGACCAUGGUGCUCGAGUCAGCCUCAAUCAUAGUUAUAGCUUUGCUUAUCUGCUUGGGAAAUCUGCUCAUUGUUGUGACGCUUUAUAAGAAGCCAUACCUGCUGACACCCAGCAACAAGUUUGUGUUCAGCUUGACCUUGUCCAACCUGCUGCUGUCAGUGCUCACGCUCCCUUUCGUGGUAGCCAGCUCUCUGCAGCGGGAAUGGAUGUUUGGGGUGGUGUGGUGCAACUUCACAGCCUUGCUUUAUCUGCUUGUUAGCUCGGCUAGCAUGCUCACGCUAGGAGCCAUUGCUAUUGAUCGGUACUAUGCUGUAUUGUACCCCAUGAUCUACCCCAUGAAGAUCACAGGAAAUCGGGCCACAGUGGCCAUUGUUUACAUCUGGCUUCACUCUUUAGUGGGCUCCCUGCCACCACUCUUUGGUUGGUCAGCAUUUGAGUUUGAUAACUUCAAGUGGGCCUGCACAGCAGCCUGGUACAAGGAAGUUGGCUAUACAUCUUUCUGGGUCACUUGGUGCUGCUUACUUCCCCUGGCGGCUAUGCUAGUAUGCUACAGUGUUAUUUUCCGUGUUGCUCGUAUCAAAGCACGUAAGGUGUAUUGUGGGACUGUGGUGGUUGCCCAGGAGGAGUCUAGCAUGCAGAAGAAUGGUCGCAAGAACUCCAACACCUCCACUUCAUCUAGCAGCAGCCGCAAGAGCCUCAUUUACUCAGGCAACCAGUGCAAAGCUUUCAUCACCAUCCUGGUGGUGAUAGGGACAUUCUUGGCCACUUGGGGGCCCUAUGUAGUGGUGAUUGGAACUGAGGCAUUGUGGGGAAAAGGAAGUGUUUCUCCACAGCUAGAGACUCUAGCAUCCUGGCUAUCUUUCACCAGUGCAGCAUGCCACCCAUUAAUCUAUGGGCUGUGGAACAAAACUGUGCGUAAGGAGCUGCUGGGCAUGUGCUUCGGGGACCGCUACUACAGAGAGUCAUUCGUCACACGUCACAGGACAUCACGACUCUUCAGCAUCUCAAACCGGAUCACUGACCUGGGGAUGUCUCCACACCUGACAGCCAUGCUAGUUGGAGGAGGGCAGCUUAUAGAGCCUGCCAGUAGCACUGGUGAUACUGGGUUCAGUUAUACUCAAGACUCAGCUACAGACAUCAUGCUACUGGAUAACUACUCAUCUGACACCUCCCAUUUCACACACUACAAUGGCUUUAAAAGAAGAAGCUCUGUAACAUUUGAGGACCAAGUGGAACAACCUUAUAAAAGUGACUUCCCAACAGUCCAAGUUACUGCCGAUGUCCAUAAGUCCCUUGACAGCUUUGCAGCCUGUCUGGCAAAGGCCAUAGAGAAUGAUGCCAAGCUGCAGCUGUUUGGGGACAGCACGUCAAUUCCUAGCAGUUUAUUGAUGGUACGCAACACACCAAGAGGACCACGGUAUCAAGCUGGACAGAGACUUAGGAUGGAGAGCAUUGAUGAAGGAAUAGUCAAAGAUGAUGAUGAUGAAGAAAAUGCCCCUGACGAAUCUGUCUGAUUGUUUAUACACUGCACUUUAAGUACAAUAUAGAACUGGCACACUGUGCACCAACUAUGCUGCCUUAUUUGGUACAGAAUCUUCUGGUAUGCAUCCAUCUAUCCAUUUAAAAAAAAUGUUGCUUAGUGAUUAUGUAAUUGAUUAAACAUAGGACCUAUGAGCUGGUUAAAGACUUGGAUAAAGGAGACUGAAACUUGUACAAACAAAUUCCACGUACUGUAAUGGAGAUGCCGCUAUAAGCUGUGUUUGUGUACAGGUGGCACUAAAAACAGGUACAACUUGUAUACUUUGAUUAGUACUUUUUCCAUGUGCCCUAUUUUUUUUUUUCUUCUUCUUUUUCCUUUUGGAGGAAGCCAUAACCACUAUAUUGAGUAACUAUGCGGUCUGUGGGAACAAUUAGUGCUGAGGGGGCUCUUGUAAUUUAUGUUUAGUAUAAAUAUUAUUCUAUACAUGUUUUCUUUUGUAUAAUUGACUUUUUUAUGGAGAUGGUUGGUCUUAAAACAAAUUAAUUUUGUAUUCCUGUUUCAUGCAGAGAAAGGUAGCCUGGUGACACUAUGCCACAAUGUUUCUAAUGUUUUAUAUAUAUUAUUAUUAUUUUAUUUUAUUUUUUUUAAAGUUAAUGUGGUACAUUAUAAUCAGUAUUAUGAGCAGUUAUUUAUAUGAUUGUAUUCAGUCAGUCCAUGAGGCUUAUCCAGCUGUAGGCCUUAGUUGAAACAGCAUAGCAUUAGGAAAUUAUUCCAUAAGGAACUUCUCCAAUAGUAAUGAAAUGAAAAGCAGUGUUGAGCAUCUUUUAUUAAUACGGCAGCACUUGAAAAUGGUAUGUGCUGUCUUGAUCAUGUUCCUGUUCUACUGCUAAUGUAAGAAUAAGGAAAAUGUUCCACUGGCAUCCAAACUGUGCAACAAAGAAUAGUUUGCAGUUUAGUUUGAGAAUUCCUGUGGAAUGUUUUAUACCAAGGUCAAUAUUAAUUGUGAUGUAUAUUGUUAUGGGGGGGGGGGGGGUGUAUAAAAAUACCAUAAAACAAACUAGAGGAGUUUCUUGUAUUUGUUUAUUACAAUCCCAAAGAUUGAUUAUCCAUUUGUGUAUAUGUAUAUAUUAAAUCAUUUAA